AUGACAGAUGGUGCAAAUGGUCUCGAAAGACUCUUUGCUUGCGUCUUGACAGACGAUGCGGCAGCCGUGAGAGACAUCGUGAACCAGCUCGAUAGCAACGCAAACAGUGUGCCACUGCAAGCAAUUGCAACCUUCGCAGCAUCACACAACGAUGUAGCAGUCCUGCAGCUGUGUCUUCAGCUGGGUGCCUCACUUGACAAUCGCCAUACUUCCAUGGCGAUAGAGUAUGCGGCGCGAGGCCCGACACUACUAGAUCUCUUGUACAAAUACGAUUGGCGAGGAAUGCGGACGUCCGAAAGCGCUUUCAACAGACUGGUUGAGUGGUCUCUGCGCACGGGACCUGACGAGCUGACCUGGUUUUUGGAACAUGGCGCCAAGAUCGACAAAGACACGAUACGGCGAGCUGUUCGCGGCGCCCCUCUGAAGACAUCUUGCGUACAGGUGCUGAUUGAGCGAUAUGGUGUCAAUCUAUUGAAAGGCACGAGACUGUUGCAGAGUGCUGCUAAACGAGGCCGAUGCGACAUGAUCAAGCUCCUCUUGAACGCAGGUCUGGAUGUUAAUGAGCUGGUCUCUCGCUCGAGCCAUGGCGAAGGCGAGGGUGAGCUCACAGCGCUAUACGAAGCUGUCUAUAAGCAGCAUGAGGACGCAAUACAGGUGCUGCUCGAGUAUGGCGCCGACCCGUAUCUCGAGGUAUGCAAUGGCGAUCUAAAUACUCCAUUGAGGCUGGCUGAGGGCCAUGGAUAUUCGAGGAUAAUAGGAAUGCUUCGACGCCAUAUCGAAAGCCAUGAGAGAGGCGGAAGAACUUGGUCAUCAAGGCUUUGA